GGCAGCGCCCUCCAGUGGUCUGAACGAGAGUAGCGCCUAACCUGCGUUUUAAAAUGUUUAUAAGUGAAAGAUCUUUUUUCACCAGCAAGGCAAUCCAAGAAAGUGGGAACUUUUACCAUUUACUGUCAAUGAAGGCGUUCAUGUUUAAGUUUUUCUGUCAAAAAAUGACAGUAGAAGGGCACAUGAGAGUAAAAGUGAAGCCGCUGUGAGCACUUCUCUCUUCUGGCGUCGACGUAUUAUAACCUCGACACAAUCAGGAAGUCCGGGCGUUUUUCCUCGGUGAUUAAGAUAGAAAACUUUGUUAGAAAGGGAAAGGGUCGGCUGUCACAUCUUUUAAGGGUCGCCGAUCAUUCAUUGAUGUCGUUCAUUACACGGUUUUAAACACGUAACUCACUAUUUAGGUCGUCGUUGUUCACCCGGAACACCUGGAUUUUGAUUUAAGAGAGAUGGAUGUUUCUCACCUCACUGAAGAUGAAAUGGCAGAGAUAAAGAAAGACGUGCUGACUAGACUGCGGCAUUACCUCUGCGACAAGAUCAGAGCAGACCGCCACCUGGACUACCUGCGUUCCCGGAGGAUCCUGACCCGGGACGAUGCGGAGGAGAUAAGCUGCCGGACCACGCAGACCAAGAGGACGGCAACGCUUCUGGACAUCCUAGCUGAGAACCCUCGGGGUCUGGACGCACUGAUUGACUCCAUCCGGGAGUUGCGCUCCCAAAACUUCAUCAUCACUAAAAUCACAGACGAAGUGCAAAAAGCAAAAAAUGAGAAGAUCGAGUCUCUCAGAGCUGCAGGGGCUUCCAGUUCGUCCUCUGACAGCAGCUUCAGCACUCUGACCACAACGACUGACCUCCCCAACACCUUUUCAAACAACUCCACCCUCCUGUUCCACCCAGAUGGGGAGCGAAGCCCUUCCACUUCAGACCUAGCCAGCUCUCUCAACAUGUCUUCAUUACAGAAGUGCGGAGACUUGCCCUCCGCAGCCGGGGCCAGCCUUGGUGUGGCACCCUCCUCAACCUCCUCCAGCCUCCCCAAGCCGGGGGACCCUGGGGCUCCUCCGCUGCCAGACGAGGUCAUGGCAGAGUCGCCCUCCAACAUAGACACCACGUCACCGGGGUGCACCAGCAGUGGAGGAGAUCCUAAUUUCCAGCCUCUCCGGUCGCGCUCGCUCACCCCAACAAUACACAUCCCUCAGUUCACUUCUCUGUAGGACACUUCUCAUCCAGGGACAGACCCUUUAACUCAAUAAGCACACCCAUUGUCUCUUCAAACUCGUGCCGUACAUCAUGUUUCACGAACAUGAUGUACAUGAAACUACACGUUACCACUAGGCAUGGGCCGCUGUGAGGUUCUCAUCAUGCUACCUACUCAAACAUUUUGAAAUUUAUAACAUGAUCUAAGUACUUUGAUGUAAACAAAUAAUUUUGCCAUCAUAUGCUGCUAAAAUAAUGUAACAUGUUGAUGUUUUCUUCCUUGUUAUUUUGAUUUUUAAUACAUAAUCUUGGAUAGAAAUAUAGAAUAAACACCUGCUAAAAUUAGAUGUAGUUUUCAAGUGCUUAUGUUACACCUUUUUGCAGCUUUUACUUUUGUACAAGAGUGCAGUUUUAAAUCAUUUUUACUGUAAAGAGUGAUUCCCCACCAUGACCAGACAUGUUCUAUUGCCACUGAGAUCAUCUAAGAGCUGGCAAAUCUGGCUUUUCUUGCAAGCAGCCUUCCUUCAGCUAAAGGCAGUGAGCAGCAACAGGUGGGGGUGGGGAAACAAAUCUCUGCACUCAUAGCCUGAGAAAACCUGAUACACUCAAACACUUUAUCUGGUGUUAGAUUUAAAGGAUUUUGAAUUGAAGGAGAAGUCUGAUUACAAACUUUUGUCAUGUCUUGAUAGGAUUCCUUUACUUCUCACACCUUACAGGGCUCCUACACAGUCU